CAGCAUUUCACAAAUCCUUGGACCAACAAGAGCAGAAGUAACAACAGGGCAGACAGAAGAAAAAGUUAACUUACAGGAAUGCAUAUGUUAUCAGAGGGCUAAGCUUCCGUAGAGCCUUUUCUGCCAUUUUAUCUGUAUUUUCAAACAGAGCUGGUUCAUGGACUAUAUAUGCCAUUAAAGAGAGCCACACUUAACAGCGUGGUCCAGCUUUUGGCCAGAUGAAGAUAUCCUAAAAUGGAGGCAAGUUACAUUUUUAGAAGCAAAGAGAAAAGCCACGGAAGUUGUAUGUGCACUAAUUUUAAUAUGUCUAGUCUAUCUCUGUUAAGUCGUGGUACUGGGCAGGUGGUCAGAAAAACACAGGAGAAGUUGGAAGUGCAUUUCAAUCCAGAGGACUACUUGAAGUGGAAGUCUCCUGAAAGCUAUUGCCAUGUCAGCAGCAGACUACUGGAUGAUAGCCCAGUCCUGGAAGGAUACUGGGGACUGUAUCUUCCUAAAACCUACAGCACAAGAACAGGUGCACUUGCUCUCUAUUCAGAAGAUCUAGCCAAACCAUCAAGAAAACUAAAAGGAUUCAAGCAGUCCCAGAAAAGACUUAGAAAUAAGAGCUGGACACUACACAUAGAAUUGCACACCCUCCAAGAUUUGGUCCGAGCUAUUUUGGCAUAUGGAGGCAAACAGCUAUAUAAAGGUAAGAAAGAUGCAGCUUGGCAGCCAUAUCUUCACUUCCUAAGUGAUCCAGAUGUCCAGUCUGGCAGACAGAUGAGACCAGGCUAUUCAGCUAAGAGAUACCUCCUCAAACUCUCUCAGACUUGGGAUCCAAGCAUUUUACGAAAGCUUCAGUGUUCAGGAUAUAUCAGAGAUCCCCUGUUGCUUGAGGAGAAAUCACAAGAUCACAGAAAGAAGCAACAGGAUUUGUCCGUGACUCCUCCAAAAUAUAAUCUCCAAAUUUUAUGUUCACCUUGCCCAUAUGUACAGACUGAGUCAGAACAACAGAUUAAUCCAGGCCUUGAUCCUUCAUCUCAUAAGCAAUCUGAGAAUGAAGCUUGGCUGGUGGAAGGCAAUGGAGAAGAAAAACAUGCCAGAAGAAGAGCCCGACUUCCUUUAAGAGUUUCAGUCAGAAGGCUGAGUUUUCAUCUGAGACCUCCCCAUACAAAGGAGACCACUUGGAGACAGAAUGCAGCACACAAAGAGAUUCUAGAGGACACAUGGGUAGGAGUUCACCAAGAUGGCAAGACUGCAACGGAAGAUCAAGGGCACAGUGAAAUACCAAACCCAUCUGUAGAGCAUCCAGCUUUGGAGAAUGCCAGUAUUGAUGCUUCUAAGCUCUGGUGUGAGAAAUCCCAUGUGACUUUCUAUGGAGGCUUUUUCCCUGGAAGAAAGAUCGCGUACAGUAUUAGCCAAAAGCAUCUGAAAAACCCAGACAGCAGAGAAAGAGGACCCUUCUUCGAAACAACCUUGUUCCCUCCUAUUCAACCAGACACAAACACAGAACAAAGUGGAGUCAGGAAGGAGCAUAGGAAGCAGGUGCCAGAGAUAUUCAGGUUACCUCAGAUAUCAGAAGAUUCACCCAAAGCUCAGAGGGAAAAACUUAAAUCCAGUGAACUCUCAAAAGAACUUUUGGUCCUUCCAUUGCUGAUUCAGUUGGAAAGGGAGCCCAAAUCCCAAGUGAAAAAGCUAGCAGGAGAAUGUUGCAAUGAACCCAAAUCUGAGGUUGUUGUCUGUGAAAAGCCAUUGGCACCUUUGCUGAACAAUCUUAUUUCUGAGCCAGAACACAGAAACAAACAGCCCCAGGCAAUGAAUGGGGGAAUCCCAGAGGCUCCUCCAGGUAGUUUCUGUCUACCUCCAAUAAAGACCAGAGAGUUUGUCCGCAAUGGGAAGAUGACAAGAAAGAGAGAGGUGUGUGCUGAAAAGGACAGCAAGUAUCAAAGAGAUGGUGAUCUAUUUCUCCAGGAUGCAGUCCCAGCAUCUGAUCAACUGCCUGCUAUAGACCCAAGGAAGUGUUCAGGAAACAAGAGUAACAGGGCUAACUUCAAUGCUGGCAUAAGUGACAUAAAUAAAGAUCUCCCUGAAGGAAUUAGUCUCAGUGCUCUGCCUGAAGAAUGCAGAGAAUGUUCUAAGGACACUUCAGUCAGCAGUCUCAUCAUGGGUCCUGACAGAAAAAUGAUCUGUCCAUCACUCUUGGGAUCGGUCCAGUCUACUGACAAUCUGGGACAUUUGGAAUUCAUUCCAGAUGAAGAAGGGGCUGGUGUGAUAUCCCUCAAACGACGAGUAACUGUUUCCAUAAAUCCACCUGAGGCCUCCUUUGCAGCUCAAGAACUGGAUGAAAAGGAAAUCCCCAAAACACAAGUUGGCGAAGUACAAGGGAACAAGAAAGCCCUAGAAAAUGAACAAAGAAUCAUGGGCAAUGCAAGCACUGAAUUCAGACAGAAAACUCAGCAAAGUCAAGGUGGCCUCUGUGGAAACAGCCACCUGCUGCAGAGUAAGCAGAAAAAGGGGCACUCCAGGUUGCCACAAACACAAAGCACAAAGCGGAGGGAUGGUGAUGACGCUAAACAAGAUACAGGAAAGCAGUUGGAUAAUUUAUCUCGAUCAGAUAGCCUCUCGCAUCUAGAACCACAUUUUACCCAUUCGACAAUCUCUAUAUCAGAUAUGGAGAGAGUUCCGGGCCCUGAAUCAGACAGUGCUCUCAUAGAACCUGAUAACCACAGAAAGGAAAUUAAGGAGCAUGCAAUAAUGGGCAUCAGUUCUUCAGAAAAGCAGUUUGGGAUCAAAGAAGACGAGACAAUUUUGCAAGAGAAAACCAACAAGCAAGAGAAGGCUACCAGUCUUAACACAGCUGAAGAUGUUUUCGAGAACAAACCAGUGACAAGACAGAAGAAACAGGAAUUGGCAAAAACUAGAGUUGUGUACAAAGCCCAGAAAAAGAAUCCUAAGAAAGACAAACAGCAAAAGCGAUCAGAGUUUGUUGUCGGUAAACCAAACCAGAAAAAGGCUGUUGGGAAAAGAGUUUCUUAUCCCAAGGAGAGGCCAGAAGAUACUAAAGUAUUAUUAACUACUAAGGAACCAAAUCAAGGACAACAAAAAGGAGAAGCAGAUGCUGAAGUGGAGCGGAUCACUUCUCAUGGAGAAGGAGAUGAAGAACUGGGGGGCACUUCUGACCCAAGCUCAUCUCCCCCUAGCCCUCUUAAGGAACCCUUGCCUCUUGAAGAAGAGGAUCUCUUGUCUCCUUUGCCUCUUGAAGAGGACCAAACUUUUACUGAAGAUGUGGAUCAUCCUUCUGAGUCUCUUGCCAGUCCUGUGAGUGAGAGAUUCACGGUUAACUCUCCAAUAGUUUCUGGUACAGCUGGCCCACAGAGUGAUGUAAUUCAACGCAGUGGGAUUCAAGAGGUUCUUCCUGAAAACAAACAAGAGGAGAAACUAUCACGGGAGAGGCUCAUAGCAGAGAGGGCAGAGCAAAGACGGCUGGCAGUAGAGCGGAAACGAAGGGAGCAGGAUGAACUAAAGCGGCGGCAGCAAGAGCAACAGGAGCAAAUAGAAAGAAUGAAGGAAGAGAUGGCACAGGAACAACUGAGGAGAAUUGAGGAGAUACGCUUAAGGAAAAAACAGCUAGAAGAAGAGCGCCAGCGCCAGGAGGAGGAGACAGCAAGGAAGCUACAAGCUGAAAAAGCAGCCCAAGACCGUCUGCGGCAACAGCAGGAGGAACUCCGUCGGAAACUUCUAGAAAUGCAGAAGAAAAAGCAGCAGGAGGAACGAGAACGUGCAGAAGCAGAAAAACGCCGGCAGAAAGAAAGGGAAAUGUGGCUGGAGGAAGAACGCCAACGCUUAGCUGAGAUGGCAGAAGAACAGCGGUUGGAGUAUGAAAAAAGGAAAUGGGAAGAAGAGGAGAAAGCAAGAUGUCAGGCUGAGGAGAGGAGGAAGAAAGCUGAGGAAGCGGCAAGGCUUGCUUUAGAGGAAGCAAGGAAGCAAGCAAUAUUGCUAGCAAGACAAAGGGCAGAGCUGGAGGAGAAGCAGUGUUUCCAGUAUAAACUACUUGAAGAAGCCAGUGGACUCGAACGAGGGCAGGAUAUUUCACGUCCAUGGGUUUAUUCAUAUUUCCAGCAUCCCUUUACAAAGGUGGGAGAUGAUGAUUGAAGAAUACUGCAAGAAGUCCUUUUUCAUUGGUUCAUGCAACCAAGAGGCUAUUGGUCUCCUCAUCUUACCCCACAAUGUCAGCAUUGUUUUUACUUAAUUCAGGAGAGACUGCUCAUUUAAAUUCAUAAAAACAUAAGCUACCUUUAAGCCCUCUUCUAGAAAUGAGCAACAGAAGAAAUGACCAUAACUGGAGCCUUGGAGUUCAGACUGUUUUGGAUAUCUAGGGCCAUUUAUUGUCAAAAAGAACAGCUUUCACAAGCUUGGUCAGGCCAUUGGUCCCUCAAGGCCAGUACUGUCUACAUUGGCUGGAGCACCUGUCCUUUUCCAGCUCUUUCUGGAGAUGCCAGAGAUAGAACCUGAGACCUUCUAUAUGCAAAGCACAUGGUCUGACCCUGAGCUAUAUCCCCACCUAAAGGGAAGUCCCACACUUCAUGUGUUCCCUUAUCCAUACAACAGUGGGACAAGGUGAAAUUAAGUCAUAUCUAAGGUUUUGCUGGAAGCAUACUAAGAUGUCCCCCACCCCUCAGACAGGACAAACCACAGCUGAACUCUGAGAAAGGGUGAGAGAGGGUGAUGUGUAUCCUUUUCUUGAUAGCUAGGAUGCCAGGGACAUCUCUAUGGUUACCCCUCUCGAGAGCUCCAAGGCAGGACAGAAUCUGAUUUGAUAAGAAAAGAAGACACGCCCAGCCGAGCCUGAGGGGGAUAACUCCACCCCAGAUCUUUCUGUCCUCGGCAGCUCCAGGCAGCGUUUUUCCGCAGCUCUUGCAGCUCUUCUGAUUUUUCUCAUUCUCCUUCCUCCAUUACUUCCUUCCCUUAGGAUCUCUCUCUCUCUCUCUCUCUCUUUCUCUCUUUAAAAAUCCACUUUCCUGCCUCUCCUCUCCCCCCCCCCGCCUUCCCUCCUUCAUUGCAUGGAGCACAGACAUCGGGGCAGAAUAUUUGUGUUAGUCCUGAGGGGACUGUGGCAAAGGAAAUUUGGACCAGGUCGAUCUCGGCCUUUUUUCGGGGCCCACCUCCUGCAGCCAGAUAGCAGCAACAAAGGCUACCGAAGGGCUGCCCGUUUUCCCUGCUGUGGAGCCUCCAGCAGCGCUAUUGGCUGCCAAUCAGCCGCCUGAACAGUCUGCCGUCCCAGCGUCGGCAACGCCCGCUUUUCAGCCUCCCUUGCCGUACGCUGCUGGGUCUGCCGCGUGUCUCCUGCCCUCGGGCCAUGAGAUGCGGUGUUCAGUGGCCUGCCAUUCUGCCGACACCUCAUCUGUGGCCUCCUUGGAGCCUUCAGAGGGUGAGAGGCAAUUUUCGAGGCUACCGCUGCAAAUCCUCCCCCAAUGUCAGAGGAAAUUAAGUGGAUAGGCCUUUGAGGCAGCAUGGUGAGUCCUCUAAAAUGGCACCCCCCACUUUGGCUCCAAAAAUGGUGUGCUCUUCUGGGAAGGCUGCCAAUCCGGCAUGAGUGGGAGUGGGGAAUACAGUGCAGGCCUCCUCCUCCUCCUCCUCCCAAAAGUCAGUGGCUUCCUCCUUUGGACCCAUAUUUUAAUUUUUUUUAAAAAAAUCCUAUCUUUAUCCUUGCCGCGCCUCCAUCUCCCUCCACUUUUAUCCUCCCCUGCCUCCCUCCCCCUGCCCCGGUGCAUGGACUACAGAGGCAAUUUUGAGCAUAUUCGUCUAUAGAGCAGGGAGCAGUUCAGUGGCAUACUUCCCGGACCACACAAGGUCUCUCACAGCCCCCCCCCCCCGGACAGCAUUGGAAGUAGCGCUGGCGAUGACCGCUAAAAAGCCACCCCCGUCACCCCCUUCUACAGCGUCUGCGACGGCAGCCAUAGAGCCAGCUGCACGGCACGUUACCAGGUCCCCAUCCAGUCUCCUGCUUUCAGGCUGUGAGACUUGGAGCACAGUGGCCCAGCGGGCCGCCAAGCCGGCAGAGGAGUCCUGCUGCCAUCUGCCAUCACAGGCAGGCAACAUUUUCUCUGCGAUGCUGGCAAGUUCGAAGCGAUCCGCCACCUUCCGGGAAAGCCAGGGCCUUGGGAGGACAGGGAGCUCCAGGCCCAGCCAAGAUGGUGGUCCCCGCUUCUCACGAGAUGGUGCAGCCCAAAAAGAACAGCUCAGUCUUGGCGGGAAUCCGGCAGCAUGGCGAUGAGACAAACUCUACUCAGAGCGAGACCCAGCCAUCCCCCCAAGUGAGGUAAAGGGGUCUUCUCAGGGGCAAAAAGAGGACUUGUUGGGGGGGGGAUGUUGGUGCUGAAGGAGCUGCUGCAAAAUCAGGCUCUACUGUAGUUUCCUCUGGUCUCCUAAGGCAGUCCCUCCAAAGUGGCAGGCAGCCCUGGUUCAGGAAUGCCAUUAUUGAUUCUAAUCACCAGGUCACACCUCAUAAGGAAAGUAAAAAAUCUAAGGAAAGGAGUACAAAGGCCUCCUCUUCAGUCACUCCCUCCGCCUCUGAGUAUGCUAGUCCCCCUCCUCCUAAAAGAGGCAAAAUCUAAACAGAAACAGCUUCAAAGACAUAGGGGAUUCAAAAGGUGGUGAUUGAAUCUAGAACCUUGCAUUCUUCAGAUGUUUCUGACCAGGAUUCUGGGGAUCCUGUACCAUCUAUCCCAGGCACCUUCCUUCCAGAAAGGUGGACCUUGGUUCUAUUCCUGCCUCUGAGCACAAAUCUGAUCUUGAGGAGAACGAAUUAUAGAGAGGUGGUGCUUCGUUGUGAUUCCAAAAUCAUCCCCAUCAGGCAGCACGGCCUAGUCAGCCUGGGAGGGCAGGGCUGCAGGGCCUCUCCGUGCAGCAUUGCCAAAGAGCCCAUUUUGUGAGGAUGCAAUCAUGCAUAGCCCCCUAAGGGUCAUAUUUGGCAACUACCCCUUUCUUUCCAUAGGAACCUCCAGGGAGUGAAGGGCGAAUGGAGGGAGGAAAAUUGCUCCUUGGGCCAGCUAUAUGGGCAUCUCUCUUUUGUGCUCAAGUUUCUUCCCUUAGAGGCUGGGUCACGGUUUUUUAACCAGUCCCAUACCACUGCUGCCACUAUAAAAUGUUUAUAUGCCACACCUUGUAUGGGACACGCUAACAGAUUUGUUGCAUUGCAGGCCCCUAUGACUGGUAGAACUGGUUACAUUGGGGCAAGCGAGGGGUGCUUCCAUCUGCAGAGCAGGGUCAAUCCUGGUCGCACUUGAAUGAGAGACCACAGUAUUAUUGAUUAUUUUAGUAUUUGUUUAUUGCACUUCCACACUGCCCCAUCCAAAGGCUCUGGGUAGUACACAACAAGGUAUGUGACCGUUGUUUCUGUAAUAGCAUGGGAGCAGCCAUGCUGGACCGGGCCCGUGGCCCAUCUGGCCCAGCUCAUCUUUGUAUAGUGGUCCUCCAAAUCACAGGGGCUAGAGACGCAGUCCCUUGUGCCUGCAGAUCAACAACCCCUAAAGGAUGUAAUUAAUUUUUCGUUCACAGAACCUUUCAGAAACAUUAAUAUUCUAUGUCUCCAGUCUGCUAGAAUGCAAAUUGAAGUCCCCAGGAGACCCCACUGGCCUCAAAUAGAUUCCGAAGUCCAGAAGGGAACAGGUCUCAUCUUUCCAACUGAAGCUUCGGUAAGGCUAAAUGUCUUUUUCAUUUACAUUACUAGGGCAACUCUCUUAUCACUAGGUGCGCCCUCUCCGGUAAGGAUACUUACUUCAGGGAUGUGCUUGCUUACAUAUCAUACUGAAGGUAGGCCACUAGCUGGAGAUCACAUGCUCUCUCAUGAGACAUAGGAUCCUCUGCUCUACCUUUAUUCUACCUUGAAUGUCCCAUUAUUGGGGAACACAUUCAUACUCGUUGCCUCUUCCGACUCUCCCCACACCCUAUCCUCUUAUGGGGUGGGCUGCAUGAGUCACUCCCUCCCCAGGAGGCUGAUUCUUUAUACACAGGAGUGUAGUUUUUUGGGUAGUAUUCUGAGGCGUUCAUCCAUAACAAGGAAGAAGAAGCUGCUACUUGCCUUACCAGAUCAUCUCCAUGCCUCGCUUUGCUGGUGGCCAACAAUCUUAUACGGGGCAGGCAGUUCCUGCAUCCACCCAGGAUCAUACUAUCGACCAAUGCAAGCAACAGGAGCUGGGGGGGGCUCACUGUUGCAACCUGUCUACUCAAGGUCUGUGGUCCCCCCAGAAAGGGUUCACAGUAUCAACUGGUGGGAGCUUCGUGCCAUACAGCUGGCCCCAUUAGCCUUCCAAAUAGGGGUGUGCAAGGCUCCGAACCAGUCCGGACGGGCACGGGGGGGUUAGCUUUAAG